UUCACUUUUUCAUUUUUUCUUAUUGGCGUUAUGUCGGCACCAUCAGAUAACGCAUCAAGGAGGUCCUCAAGUACAGCUGUUGAGGAAGAAAUGCAAGCAGCUUCGCUACAUCAGGUCGAAUCCAAGGCAGAUAUCAAGGCAAAUCAGGACAUAGAAUCAGCGGCAGUCGAUCCAAUUGCGCAACGACGUGCAUCAAGACGACGAAUUUAUACCUUCAUUGGUCUGCAGCUCACCUUGUUUCUUGCUGCUUUAGAUGGUACAAUUGUUUCAACCGCUAUGCCUACCAUUGGAUCCGAAUUCAAUCAAAUGAGCAUCGUAUCAUGGGUGGCAACAGCUUAUAUCUUGACGUUUGACGCCUUCCAGCCAUUAUUCUCAAAAUUUUCUGACAUUUGUGGUCGUAAGGUGAUCCUGCUUGUAGGAACUGCUAUUUUCUUGUUCGGUUCCGUUCUCAGUGGUGCUGCAACCAGUAUCAUCAUGUUGAUUGUAUCUAGAGCAAUUUCUGGUAUUGGAGGCUCCGCAAUCCUGUCUAUGGUCUUUGUUAUUAUCUCUGAACUUGUACCAUUGGAGCAAAGAGGCAAAUACCAAGGUGUUGUCAAUGCUGUGUUCGCAAUUUCUAGCGUAUUCGGCCCUUUGAUUGGAGGCAGCUUCACUGAUCAUGUCACUUGGAGAUGGAACUUCUAUAUCAACUUACCACUUGGUGCGGUAGCUAUGGCUAUCAUUUUCUUCUUCCUUGACUCCCCAAUUCCCAAGGGUACUAUCAAGGAAAAGUUGAAGAGAGUAGAUUAUGUCGGCACUAUGAUCGUUCUAUCGUUUGCUACAUUGUUUUUACUCGCCAUGAACUUUGGUGGACAAACGUUCCCAUGGAAAUCCGCUGCAGUUAUUGUUCCGCUGGUGUUAACUGUCGUUCUGAUCGUCGCUUUGUGUGUUGUGGAAUCUCGCUUUGCUAAGGAACCCAUCAUGCCACCAAGAUUGUUUAAGUCUCGUUCAGUUGUCGCUAUCAUGUGCACCAACUUCUUCUUUGGUUCUACUUUCUUUGCUAUGGUUUAUUAUCUGCCAGUGUACAUGCAAGUUGUUCGUGGUGAUUCUGCAACUCAAUCCGGUCUGCGAUUGAUUCCUAUGCAGCUGGUUAUUUGUGUUCUCUCUACUGGUGCUGGAUGGGCAAUUUCACGAUUUGGACAGUGGAAGCCUUUCUUGCAUUUCGGUACUGCCAUUCUGUGUGUCGGUACUGGACUACUGAGCUUGUUCGAUGAAAACAGCUCCUGGUCAAUGGUGUAUGGUAUUACCAGCUUCUGCGGUCUAGGAAUCGGUUCUUUGUAUGGAUCAGCUCUCAUCGGUAUUCAAGCCUCAGCUGAACCUAGAGACAUUGCCGUCGUCACCGGUCUUUGCAAUUUCACUCGUAUCCUGGGUGGUGCAUUGGGUAUCGCUAUUGCUUCGGCUAUUAUCAACUCCUCAUUGACUGCGUCUUUGCCUCAACACAUGCCUUCAGAAUACGCCCUCCAGGUUAUCGACAGCUCGCUCUAUGUUCGUGAUGGUCUGCCUUCUCAAUACUUUGAACCUACCAUGGUAUGCUAUGUAGCAGCUUUGAAAUUGCUAUGGCAGGUUAUGACUGCCUUUUCGGGGGUCGGUUUCCUUGCAUCGCUCUUUAUCAAGCAUAGCAGUCUUCGCAGGGAUAAGGCCAAGCCAAUGAUGCCGUCAUUGAAGUCAGCGACCACGACACUGUAAGCAGUCCAAAGCAAUAAUCUACGUAGAACGGACGCAGAUCGACGGCAGCGAUGAUUGGGCCAUUGUCCUGAUCGAACCGAUAUCAAUUCCCAUAUUUUUUUUCUCAUUCCCAUAUCUACACGUUUCCUUUCGGCAUUUUGGAAUUCGUUGCAACCAUUCAACUAUUGUAAUUUGACCCUCACAUAAUUAAUCCCCUUCACGUGCACUGUUCUCAACAAACAUCUGUUAUAUACACACAUCAACAUAUAAUAAACGUUUUUUUUUUAUUUUGUACCAUUUAGAAUGUUACUAUAAUACUAAA